AUGUCUUUAACGGAUAGUUGCGAACCUAAGGUGCAACCAAAAGGACCAUCUACGAUACAAAAAAUUAUAAAGACUGUCUUUCUUGUCUCCAUUUGGACAUGUAUUGGACUCUGCAUUGAAAUUGCUGGGCCAACACUAAAAGACCUCAAGCUUCGGGUAGACCUUGACUAUGAGGAAGUAUCAAGAGCAGUUUCCGGUCGAAGCGUCGGAUACUUUAUAGGAAGUGCAAUGGGAGGGUUGCUUGUCGACAAACUUGAUCCGUAUUGCGACCUGAUGCUAGCGGCUUGCCUUGACCUAAUGGGAACAGCAACCAUUGUUCUCCCAUUUUCUCAAAGUAUUGGUCUCAUGUGGUUUCUAUUUGUAAUGCAGGGAACAUUCGAAGGCAUACUGAACAUAGUUGGACAAAAGCUUGUUUUGGAAAUUUGGCGAGAAAAGGCAUCAUCUCCUCUUUUCAUUUUACACUUUGGGUUUGGGAUUGGAUCUUUCAUCGUUCCACAGAUAGCAAAUCCCUUUUUAGCAGUUCCCAAGACCACAGCCUCACAAAAUACUUCUAAUAUAUCAACACCUAAUAUAUCAACAGUUCUUCCUGUGUCUACAAAGGCAUUCAUUAAUGACUCUCUCAUAACAGAAUAUCUACAGGAGUCGAGGAUAGAGUGGGCAUAUUUGAUUGUCGCUAUAAUUACUAUAGGGUUGUCAGUUGUGUUUUAUUAUUACCAGUUUUGUGGUAAAUGGUCAAGGAAUACUAAAGUUAAUUAUUCAAAGAAGAAUUCAUAUAUCCCACCAACGAUUCGUGAAAUCUUUGACCCUGCAACAUGUGCAAAUGGAAAUCGCCUCUUUGGUGUACAUAUUUUAGGGCUACUUUUCCUUUUCUUUUUUAAUGCUGUUGGAGGUGAGCGUGUUUAUGGUAAAUUCAUCCGCAGCUUUGCUAUCGAUUACAACAAGUUCGAUGGGGAUGAGGCAUCUCUGAUAAAUAGCUCUUUUUGGAUUAGUUUUGCUAUUGGGCGUUUCGCUGGGUUCAUCGCUGCAAGAUGGAUUCCCAUUCGAAUUAUCCUUCUUAUAGAAGGAACAGGGGCAUUAGUAUCGGCGAUACUGCUGAAUGUCUUUGCUGACGACAGCUCUAUUAUGCUUUGGAUUCUUACACAGCCGAUGGCUUUUUUCAUUGCUCCAUGCUUUCCAUCCGGUGUAGGAUGGGCCGAUUUUCACGUUCACUUGUCUGGACUUGGAAUAACUUUUCUCCUUUUAGGAGGAGCUUUGGGUGGUGUUUGUUACAUGUGGAUCAUAGGGUAUUUCUACGAGAACAACGGCCCUCUUUCUUUCUUUUACGUUAUGCAGGCUUAUGGAAUUUUAAUGUGUGUCUUGGUAUUGAUAAUGCAUUUCUCUACUUGGGGAAAGGGACAUCGCUUUCAGAACGAAGCAAAGGGAGUGGAUGAGACUGUUGAUAUGGAGAAAGAAAAAUUCAGUGUUAAAGAAACAUUAGAUACAGAAAAGAAAAAAGAUCAUGACAACCAGUAGAGUCAAAGAAUUUGACACCCUAUAAAGUUAAAGAGUUAGAAUUUAAAAAAUGUAACGUUUUUUAAAGCAUAUCCUUUCAAUAAUGUUUUUUAUAUUUAACAAUCGGCCAAAUGUCUUCCUUUUUUUUUUUUAAAAAACAAGAUUUGUUUGUGAAACACUGAUGCCCCCGUAUGGCAGCUUAUGGCAAAGGUUACAGUUUCUUAAAUGCAAGUCAAACUCCAGGUCAAGAAAUCAAAAAUGUUGGUACCCAAAGAAUGGUCUUUUCUUGAGGAAUAUACCUGUGAAAUAUGAAAGCCCUAGUACAAACCGUUGAAAAGUAAUGACGAAGGUUAAAGUUUUUUCAACGUAAGUAAAACGGCAAGGUCAAGGUCAAAUGGUGCCCAAGGGAAGUUCUUUUCACAAGUGAUACACAUGAUCGUGAAAUGUGAAAGCCCUAGAAUCAAGGUUCAAAUGUUAUGGCCAAUGUUAAAAAUUUUUAAAAGUAGGUCAAAUUCCAAGGUCAAAGUCAAUGCCAAAAUUGUUGGUAUCCAAAGGAAGGUUUUGUCACAAGGAAUAUACAUGUGAAGUAUGAAAGCCCUAAUACCAACCGUUCAAAAGUUAUGGCCAAGGUUAAGUUUUUCAAAAGUAGGUCAAACUUCAAGGUCAAAGGGUCAAAGUUGUUGGUACCUAAAGGAAGGUCUUCUCAUGUGAAGUAUGAAAACCCUAGCACUAACUGUUCAAAAGUUAUGGUCAAGGUUUAAAUUUUUCAGAAUUGAAGUAGGUCAAACUCAAAGGUCAAGUGGAAAAGGUCAAAGUUGUUGGUAUGCGAAGAAAGGUCUUGUGACAAGGAGUGCACAUGCGAAGUAUGAAAGACCUAGCUUAAACUGUUCAAAAAAUAUGGCCAAGGUUAAAGUUUUUUCAACAGUAGGUCAAACUCCAAGGUCAAGGUCAAAGAGUCAAAGAAGUUGGUAUCCAAAUAAAGGCCUUCUCUCAAGGAAUACACUUGUGAAGUUUAAAAGCCCAAGCUCUAAGUGUUCAAAAGUUAUGGCCAAGGUUAAAGUCUCAUAAAAUUUUGCAAAAGUGGGUCAAACUCCAAGGUCAAAGUCAAAAGGUCAAAUAUGAUGGUACCCAAAGAAAGGUCUUGUCACAAGGAAUACACAUGUGAAAUAUGAAAGCCAUAGCUUCAAUCAAUCAAAAGUUGUGGGCAAGGUUAAAGUUUUUGCGGACAGACAGACAGACAGACGGACGGAC